UGCGUCCGCUGGCAGGUCGCUUCGGGGUGCCAGAAGAUGGCCAGACCCACAGGGCUGUACUGGGAGAUCACCUGGUUCACAGUCGCUACCAUCUGUGCCCAUCGACAGACCAGAGCAGAGCAAUCCCAAGGUGCCUACUUCUUGCCUGAGUUUGCACUUUCUCCGCAAGGAAGUUUCUUGGAAGACACUACAGGAGAACAGUUCCUUACCUACCGCUACGAUGAUCAGACCUCAAGAAUUACCCAGUCUGAGGAAGAUAAAGAAGGUGGCUGGGACGCCUGGGGAGCUUGGAGUGAUUGCUCCCGUACGUGUGGAGGAGGGGCAUCCUACUCUCUCAGGAGAUGUUUAAAUGGCAGGAACUGUGAAGGCAGGAAUAUCCGAUAUAAAAGCUGCAGCAAUAAU